AUGUUUAAGGAAGAGAAUAAGGAUGAGCCAUCUAUCGGUAAUAGGAAAACAUACUCACGAUCGGUUUCGUGGAGUGAUCGAUCACCAAGAAAGCCGAAUUAUAGGCCACAAUGGAACAGCAAGGCUCGGGCUUGUUUGCCGCCCCUUCAUCCUCUGUCAAUCACAAGACCGAGCAUUGAGGAAUGGCCAAGAGCUGGCUCAGACGACCUUGGCAUAUGGCCAAAUCCCUCAACUCCCGGUGCAAGGCUUGGAUCGAUGACAUCCCGUGAAAAUAUGAGUUUGGAUCAACCUCCUAGAGAAUUUGAAUUCAAGAAAGACAAGCUCGCUUUCUUUAAUAAGGAAUGCUCAAGGAUUUUGGACCAUAUAUAUCUGGGAAGCGAUGCUAUUGCAAAGAGUCGUGAAAUUCUCCAGCAGAAUGGAAUUACCCAUGUGUUGAACUGUGUGGGGUUUGUUUGUCCUGAAUAUUUCAAGAAUGAGCUCGUGUACAAGACACUUUGGCUCCGUGACAGCCCAUCAGAGGAUAUUACAAGUAUUCUGUAUGAUGUGUUCGAUUAUUUUGAAGAUGUUCGAGAACAAGGUGGUCGUGUUCUUGUUCAUUGUUGCCAGGGGGUGUCUCGAUCAACCUCUUUGGUCAUUGCGUAUCUUAUGUGGAAAGAGGGACAGAGCUUUGAGGAUGCAUUCCAGCAUGUUAAAGCAGCCCGAGGAGUGACUAACCCGAAUUUGGGAUUUGCUUGCCAACUUUUGCUGUGCCAGAAACGAGUACAUGCUCAGCCUGCAAGCCCCACUUCUGUACUUAGGAUGUAUCGAAUGGCGCCCCACUCCCCGUACGAUCCCCUUCAUCUUGUGCCAAAAAUGUUGAUUGAUCCGGGUGUAAACAAACUCGAUUCUCGUGGGGCAUUCAUUAUUCAGAUUCCUUCUGCUAUAUUUGUCUGGACAGGAAAGCAUUGCUUCUCAGUGAUAUCGGAUAAUGCCUCUGCAGCUGCCUCUCAAGUUAUUCAUUAUGAAAGGGCCCAGGGUCCCAUAAAAACCAUAAAAGAAGGUGAGGAGACGUCUGAAUUGUGGGAUGCUCUCGGCUAUGAGAAACAGUUAGUGGAUGAGUCAUCUCCCAGGGCUGACACUCUUGCUUCUUCCUCUCAUCAAUGUAAUGGUAAGAGGAAGGUCGAUGAAUAUGAUGUCGAUUUUGAGAUAUUCCAGAAAGCACUUUCCGGUGGGGUUGUUCCACCUUUUCCAUUAUCGGGGACCGAAUCUGAGACAUGUCUUCCUGCUAGAGAAAAUGGCUGGAGCAGAUUGAGAAGGAAAUUUGCUAGUGGUAUCGUAAAAGAAUUAAUAACCUCAUCUAGAUUGAACAACAACAUGACCCAAACACGUGAUAACCUGGAUACGAUAGAAUCUUGUAAAGAAGUCGAAGCCUUUGUCCCUUCUUCUGAUCUUUUAAUGCCUCCCAGUCCUCAGUGUGAUUCACCGGAUUCCUUUGCUUCUUAUGCAACCAGUAGCCCGGGAUGGAUGAAAACUAGGUUUAAAGAAGUGGAAUUUUCGGCUCGUCCUACUGUUACGUCUUUGUCACCAUCUCCUUCAUUCAGUUCACUGGAUUCUUUUUCUUCAUUUCUUGUCAAUAAACCAAAGUCCAGUUCAACAUCUCCAUCGCUCUCACCUUCGACCUCUGAAUAUUCAAGUUCAUUUACCUUCUCACCCUCAUCAUCUAACUGGUCUGACUUAUCGUAUUUCUCGACUCUGCCAUCACCUUCGGGACUUGAAUAUAAAAAUCACGAUCUUGAUAAGGGUGGUUCUGCGGAGGAAAGUGAAUGUUUACUUCAUAAAGCAACUUCCCCUCCACCGGAAGAGGCAUUUUUGGCUGGUUGCACUUCGAGAGCAACAGGCAGUUGUUCCUCUUGUAAAGAACCUUUUCUAUCCCUUGCAGAACGUAGAUGGAACAUUCGUCCUCCUCGCAUGAUGUUGCCCGCUGUUGAUGAGGUAUCUCUGAUUCCAGAAAACUCGUCAAAAUCGCUUCCUUGCAUAGAAGAUGAUAUAAUGAGUGACAUUGAAUGUAGCAGCUCGAGACAUGAGGUUUCUUUUGAGAUGGACAGAGAAGAACCAAUGCCAGAUUCUAACGACUAUGCUGCUGACAAUGAUCUCCUAAGUCGAUUACCAGAUGAUAAGGAGUGCAAUACGUUUGAUCUGAUGUCGAAUGAUAUGACUAAUAGAAUAGCAAAACCAACUGACUCAUUAUUCUACCAGUGGCCUUCGAUGAAUAAAAUGGACACACCUUUUGUCUUCCUAGAUUCUAGAUCCAUUUACAUCAUUCUUGUGUCCUCAGUGAGUUUUGAGGGAAAUAAUGCCGAUAUUUUAUACAUAUGGAUGGGACGUGAAGUAUCAUGGAAUGGAGGACAUGAUCAGUUGAUGGAUAAUGACAGCAAAUGCAAAAAUAUUCCUGCCCAUUUGGAGAAUGUUGGUCGAAGUUUUCUUGCUGAGAAGGGUUUCAGCACAAAUGCUCAAAUUAAGAUAGUCAAGGAAGAUGAGGAACCAGCGCAGCUCCUCCAGCAUCUUUCCUCAUUAAGGACGGACUUGAACAGUGGAUUAGGUAAAUCUUAUUUGUGUCUGAAACACUAA